GGGGAGCUUGGGAAGCAGAGCUCUGCUCGCUCAAACGCGGAGCUGCUGCAGUUUGCACCCCUACAGCGGCUUUGGGAAGGCGUCAAGCCGCUGGAUAAGCGUUUUUUUGAACAACGAGGGAACCCAGCGUGGCGUUUCUUUUCACAGCGGUCAUUUCAACAUGGGGAAUGGCAUCAAUAAGAUCCUGCCUGACCUGUACUUGGGGAAUUUCAAAGAUGCAAGAGACCGAGAGCAGUUAGCCAGGAACAACAUCACACACAUCCUGUCCAUUCAUGACAGCGCAGCUCCCAUCCUCCAGGAGAUGACCUAUCUCUGCAUUCCAGCAGCUGACCUGCCCACACAAAACCUGACUCAGCACUUUAAACAAAGUAUAAUGUUCAUGCACGAGUCUCGCCUGAAAGGGGAAGGCUGCCUCGUUCACUGUUUGGCAGGUGUGUCCCGCAGUGUCACCCUGGUAGUGGCUUAUAUCAUGACAGUGACAGGACUGGGCUGGCAGGAGGCGCUGGCUGCAGUGAGGGUGGUUCGGCCCUGUGCUGGACCUAACCUGGGCUUUCAGCGCCAGCUCCAGGAGUUUGAGGCUACUCAAGCUGAGCAGUUCAGAGAAUGGCUACAGAAGGAAUAUAAGGACAACCCCUUCAACGAUGAGGCCGAGCUCCGUGAUUUGCUCGCCAGGACGUCUAAAGUCAAUGGCGCGGAGGUGGAAAAACAGACUGCCGCACCUGAAACUAUCUGAUCAGAUCUUUGAUGAGAUAUUUUGCAGCUCAGCUUGGAGGAUCACACCACCACUGUGCUACAGUACUCUGGACCUUAUCUGAAAGUCUAUCGUGCUUUGGAGCAGACUACUGUCAGGAUGUUUAUCGCUGCUGGAGCGAUCCUCCAAAAAUCAUAGACAUGAACAUUGAAAGAGACAAUCAACAUGUACAGGACAUUUUCAUUUUUAGUUUGAGCUGAUGUUUCUGGUGCUGUUGUAUUUUCUAAUUUAUGAAUGUUGUGGGGUUUUUUUGUACUGUGUCACGACGAUUUCAAAUUGUGAAAUAAAAGGAGACGAGUCGGGCGUUCUGUGAG